AUGUCGAACGCGGAAGCAGCCAAGGUGUACGAAGAAGUCGUGGAGGGGGUGGUGAACGAGGUGCGGCAGGACUUUGAGAACGCAGGGAUAGACGAACAAACGUUGCAGGAUCUACGGCGGAUAUGGCAGUCGAAGCUGAGCGAGUCGCGGGUGGCGCGAUUUACAUGGGACCCGGAGGGCGUAGAGGCGCCGCGGGAGGGCGGGCGGUACGGCGGAGAGAGCAGUCUGGCGCUCGGGGGCCUGGUGCUGAAGGAGGACGCGCUGCUAGAGCCCAAAGAUCACAAGGAGAAGGCGACGAUAGAGCUGACGGUGGACGACGCGGGCGGCGAGCUGGCGGAGAAGCUGAAACAGCAGGCGAAGCAGGCGAAGAAGUCCGCGCUGCUGGAGACGGACGAGAUCAACAGCGAUCUCGACGACACGGACGACGAGUACGUGAACUUCGGCGAGGAGGAGAACGGGAGCGACGUGAACAUCAUGCUGUGCCUGUACGAGAAGGUGCUCCGGGUGAAGAACAAGUGGAAGUGCAAUCUGAAGGACGGCGUGGCUACAAUCAACAACAAGGAUUAUGCAUUCCAAAAAUCCCAGGGCGAGAGCGAGUGGUAG